AUGGUUGGGAAGUCCCUGAUUGCUGGUCUGGUGGUCCUUGCGGUGGCUGCAGUGAGCCUGUUCCUCGGGGUAUUCAUGGGCUUAGGGAAGAAUAACACGCCUCCCCCCUCGGACCACUUCUACUCUAAGGCUGCUGUUGCUGCUGAUGCGGGGAAGUGUUCAGAAGUGGGGAGGGACAUUCUGAAGAAAAACGGUUCAGCUGUGGAUGCCUCUAUCGCUGCCUUGCUAUGUGUUGGUCUCCUUAAUGCUCACAGCAUGGGUAUUGGAGGAGGGCUCUUCUUCGUCAUCUAUAACGCUUCCACAGGGAGGGUGGAAACCAUCGAUGCGAGGGAGACUGCGCCCAUGAACGCCACUGAAGACAUGUUUGGCAACAACACCAAGCUCUCUCGUACAGGUGGAUUGUCCAUAGCCAUUCCCGGGGAGAUCCGCGGUUAUGAGAUGGCACACAAGAGGCAUGGCAGGCUGCCAUGGAAAGACCUGUUUGAGCCCAGCAUUGCCUUGGCUCGUCAUGGCUUCCCCAUAGGAAAAGCUCUGGCCCAUGCCAUCUUCAAGAGCAGGGACUCCAUUCAAAGAGACGCCAACAUGUGUGAGGUGUUUUGUGAUUCUCAGAAAAACAUCCUAAAGGAAAAUGAUAUUGUAAGAUUUCCAAAGCUGGCCGACACUUACCAAAGAAUAGCAGAGGAGGGUCCUGAUGUGUUUUAUAACGGGUCAAUGGCACAGAGCAUCGUCAAGGACAUCCAGGCAGCAGGGGGCAUAAUCACCCUGGAUGAUUUAUUGGAGUACCAGCCUGUGCUGAAUGAAAACCCUCUGAGGCUCAACGUAGGGGAAUACACCAUGCAUGUCCCAGACGCCCCCUCCAGUGGGCCUGUGCUGGCACUCAUACUCAACAUAGUGGAUGGGUACAAUUUCACAGACACAAGUGUCUCUACAGCAGAGAAAAAGACUCUGACGUACCAUCGCAUCGUAGAGGCUUUUCGUUUCGCUUAUGCAAAGAGGAGCAGACUGGGAGACCCACGCUAUCUCAACAUUACAGAUCUCAUCCACAACAUGACCUCAGACUACUUCGCUGAUGGCAUAAGAAGCAAAAUAACCGAUGACACCACCCACCCAGACAGCUACUACGAGCCCGACUAUUUUGUCCCAGACAACCACGGGACGGCUCACCUGUCCGUCAUAGCUGAGGAUGGAAGCGCUGUGGCUGCCACCAGCACCAUUAAUCUGUACUUUGGUUCCAAAGUGAUGUCUCGAUCCACUGGAAUCAUUUUCAACGAUGAAAUGGAUGAUUUCAGCUCUCCGUACAUGACCAAUGGCUUUGGAAUCCCUCCUUCACCAAACAAUUUUAUUCAACCAGGCAAGAGGCCGCUGUCUUCCAUGUGUCCCACAAUCAUCUUUGACAAAGACAACAGAGUGAAAAUGGUGGUGGGAGCCUCAGGGGGCACUAAAAUCACCACAGCCACUGCCUUAGUCAUCCUGAACUCUUUGUUCUUCAACUAUGACCUAAAGAAAGCUGUGACCGAGCCAAGAGUUCACAAUCAGCUCAACCCAAAUAUGACCGUCGUGGAGCAGGGCUUUGAAAAGAGUGUCCUGGAGGGUCUGGUCCAGAAGAACCACGUCACACAGCUGCUGCGGAUUCCCGACUCUGUGGUCCAGGCGGUAGUGCGUCAGGGAGAGUGUCUCUGCGCGGAGUCCGACCCCCGUAAAGGAGGCUAUCCGGCAGGAUACUGA